GAUAGAGUCCGACGUCGGUGCAGCCUCGACGGCGGUGGCCGCCCCGAGCCCCGCUCCGACCCCGGCAGCCGUGGAGCGCACGUGGGGUAAAGGAGCUCACGGAGCGGGACCGCCCCCCCCGCUGAAGCGAUGACCCCGCUUCCCGCAGGCAACGGCACCGCCUGGGGGGCGGCCGUCCCCGGCAUCAUCCCCAAUUGCAGCUGGGCCGCCAUCCUGAGCCGGCAGUGGGCGGUGGGAGCCGCUCUGAGCGUCACCAUUCUGGUCAUUGUGGCCGGCAACCUGCUGGUGAUCGUGGCCAUCGCCAAGACUCCGCGGCUGCAGACCAUGACAAACGUCUUUGUCACCUCGCUGGCUUGUGCCGACCUCAUCAUGGGCUUGUUGGUGGUGCCACCGGGAGCCACCAUCCUGCUGAGUGGCCAUUGGCCCUAUGGCACGGUGGUGUGUGAGUUCUGGACCUCUCUGGAUGUGCUUUGUGUGACGGCCAGCAUCGAGACCCUGUGCGUCAUCGCCGUGGAUCGCUACCUGGCCAUCACGGCACCGCUGCAGUACGAGGCGCUGGUGACCAAGGGUAGAGCGUGGGCUGUGGUGUGCAUGGUGUGGGCCAUCUCUGCCUUCAUCUCCUUCCUUCCCAUCAUGAAUCAUUGGUGGCGGGACGGGGCGGACGAGCAGGCGGUGCGCUGCUACAAUGACCCACGUUGCUGUGACUUUGUCACCAACAUGACUUACGCCAUCAUCUCAUCCAUUAUCUCCUUCUACAUCCCCCUCCUCAUCAUGAUCUUUGUCUACGUCCGUGUCUUUGCUGUGGCCACACGUCACGUCCAGCUCAUAGGCAAGGACAAGGUGAGGUUCCUGCAAGAGACCCCCAGCCUCAGCUCCAGGGGUGGGAGAUGGCGGCGGCCCUCCCGCCUGUUGGCCAUCAAGGAACACAAGGCUCUCAAGACCUUGGGCAUCAUCAUGGGCACCUUCACGCUCUGCUGGCUGCCCUUCUUCGUGGCCAACAUCAUCAAGGUGUUCCGCCGGCCGCUGGUGCCUGACCAGCUGUUCCUCUUCUUCAAUUGGUUGGGUUAUGUCAACUCAGCCUUCAACCCCAUCAUCUACUGCCGCAGUCCUGACUUUAGGAGUGCUUUCCGCAAGCUGCUCUGCUGCCCACGCCGCGCCGACCGCUGGCUGCAUGCCGUCCCUCAGGACCCACAGCACUGCUCCUGUGCCUUCAGCCCCCAGGGGGACCCCAUGGAGGACAGCAAGGCUGCGGCCCCUGGGCGGCCUGGGGAAGACAGUGAGGUGCAGGGGAGCAGCAGGAGGGAGGAGAAUGCCCCAUCCCAUGGUGGUGGCCACCAGCAGCGGCCGCUGGGAGAGUGCUGGCUGCAGGGCACACAGACCACACUGUGUGAGCAGCUGGAUGAGUUCACCAGCAGAGAGAUGCCGGUGGGUCCCUCGGUCUGACUGGGAGUGGAGCAGAGCAGGGAGCACUAUGUUGGGAUGGAGAUGCUGCAUGGGGAAGGAGGAGUGACACUGAGGAUGACAGCGCUGGAAGGACCCUCUGGUGCAUGCACCCACAUGGAGAGCAAAGGGGCUCCUUUGGUGCUGGAGAGAUAAAGGCAGCAGCAAAAAGAUCCUGAGCCCUUCACAAUGAGGUUCUGUGCAGCAACACAGCUUCUGGGAAUGGGGACACACUGCCAUGGGACGUGGUGACCAGCAGCUCUGCUUGCCUAAGGACCCCAUCUUCCUGGGUUGUGUAGUUGGCAAAGGGAAGGAGGGUCUCCUGCUGGCAUGAGACCUCUCCAUGAUCUGCACUGGGUCUGUAGUGAGCUCUGGGGGCCGGGUGUGAUGCUGGGAGCCACAGCUGUACCCUCAGCAAGUGGAAAUCACAGGCGUGAGAGGAGCAAGGGAGAAAGCGUGCUGCAAAACCCCAGAGCCCUGCACGCUGCUGCGGGUGCUGGUGCUGGCGCUGGUGAUGCCCAGCUCUUGCUUUGAAGCUCCUGUGUGCUGUAGGAACAGGGGAGCAGACAGCAGCACCGAGGGUGCUGUGCGUACACAAAUGGUUUGUGACCGCAUCGCUCCACCUUGCUGGGAAUUCGGGGAUGAUAUCGGUUGUAAAAUGUGUGUGUUACGGUGACUGUAACGUUUUUGUGUGAAAUAAACCUUGGGAACCA